AUUCGUAUCAAAUUUGCAGGUCUCAUGUUUACGGAGUGAGACAAAGUAUUAGGCUUAGUUUGGGAUUGAUUCUUGAGGUGUUUUUGAGGCUGCUUCUACUUUUGGGUCAAGAAUAUAGCGCUUCUCUGUAAAGCUGAAUUUGAGAAGCUUUUCAAAAACUGCUUCGGGAAAACAGGGAGCAACAACAGUAAAUAGUUUAAUGAAAUUAAUCUAACUGCCAAUUCUGUCCUCCUCUUUUCUCUAUCGCGAGGCAGACAUCUCCUCCUCCUCCUUCUUCUUCGGUGUUUGGACUCUCAGAUCGCCUUCUUCCUCAGCUCGUCGCGACCUCCUUCAAUUCGUGGAUUGUCGCCGCCUUCCUCUGCGCCAUCUUCUUCAGCUCGUCGUGGAUCCUCGCCGGGCCUUCCUCUGCGCCGUCUUCUUCAGCUCGUCGUGGACUCUCUCCGCCUUCCUCUGCGCCUUCUUCUUCAGCUCGUCGCUGGUGACCUCCUUCAAUUCGUGGAUUCUCGUCACUGAAAGGGUGAUUGUUUCCUAAUUGAAUUCCAUUUGUUCUUGAAACAUCCCAAAGGGUCUCAACUUCAGUUAAGAGGCCAAGGUUCACUGUAAAUUAAACUCGAAGUCUCUUAAAUUCCCAUAAGAACAUGGAAGGAUUCAAAGAAUGGAAGAAACAGGCAGAGCAAUGGUCAUCUCAAGCAUUGCAACAAUGGAAGAAACAGGCAGAGCCAUUAUGGUCUCAAGCACAUGAGUACAUUCAGCAGGUUCCACCUACUCAGAUCUAUGCUGCUCUUGCCAUCUUGCUAGUAACCUCAGUUUUACUCUUAUUAGGUAGGUUGUUCAAACGGCAAAAAGCUAAUACCAUAUUGCUGAGUGGGCUUAACGGGAGUGGAAAGACUGUUCUUUUCUAUCAACUUCGGGAUGGGUCUGCUCACCAAGGUACUGUGACAUCAAUGGAACCAAAUGAGGGAACUUUUGUGCUCAAUUCUGAAAAAUCAAAGAAUGGAAAGUUAAAGCCUGUGCAUCUUGUUGAUGUUCCUGGACAUUCUCGUCUCAGACCCAAACUAGAUGAGUUCCUGCCUCAAGCAGCUGGUAUAGUUUUUGUGGUGGAUGCUUUGGAAUUCUUACCAAACUUGCGUGCUGCUUCAGAGUACCUGUACGAUCUUUUGACCAAGGCAAGUGUGGUGAAGAAGAAAAUUCCCAUUCUUAUUCUCUGCAACAAGACAGACAAAGUGACAGCACAUAGCAAGGAGUUCAUUCGCAAACAAUUGGAGAAGGAAAUUGACAAAUUACGGGCAUCAAGGAGUGCAAUAUCAACAGCUGAUAUUGCAAAUGACUUUACUCUUGGAGUACUUGGUGAACCAUUUUCAUUCACUCAGUGUCAGAACAAAGUUGCGGUUGCAGAAGGUGCGGGUAUUAUAGGCGAGGUGGCUGAGGUGGAACGGUUCAUCAGGGACCAUGUAAAGUCUUAGGAUGUUUUAUUGGAUUUCAUGAAUUUGUGGUGUUUCUGCUCUGAUAGAGUUAGAUGGGGUGAAUUUUGUGGUUUGAUCAUUGAAAAUCCUCAAAAAAGAUGCCUGACCAAUUAAACUUUUCAAGGAAGGAUUUUAAAGGAGGAAAACGGAAGUGACGAUUUUCAAAAAAAGAUGCCUGACCAAUUAAACUUUUCAAGGAAGGAUUUUAAAGGAGGAAAACGGUAGUGACACUAAUCCAUGUUUGUGUUCUAGUGGGUGACUGAAUAUGAUACCAAGAACAGCUUUUGUUUGUGUUUUAUUACUUGCAUUUUAAUUCGAGUAGUCUUAUUACUUGCA